ACACCACAAUGUCCAGCUGGGACUCGCCACCAGAUUACCCCCUUAGCUCAGACUUCGUGAGGAGAUUAAAGUCUGCCCUGGCCAGUGGGGACAAGGACACGGUGCAGGAACUGAUCUGCACUGAAGCGGAGCCUGUGGAUGCUGUGAUAGAGCUGGCUAAUGACGACUGGAUGAAGGAGCCCUCGGCUCAGCUACCCGCAGGCGCACUGUUAGGAGACCUGGACCAUAUUCGAUCCCUCAUGGACCAGUUCUUCCAGGAUGUCAACGUAGUAUUUGAGAUCAGUAAUGGAGAGAUGGAAUGGCGGGUGACAUCCUUGGCCACCUUUGGGCUCUCAGGCCUCUGGACCCUGGAGUACAAGCGGGAGCUCACCACGCCGCUGUGUAUCGCUGCGGCCCACGGCCACGUGCUCUGCGUGAGACACCUUCUCAGUCGCAGCGCUGAUCCGGAUGCCAGCCCCGGAGGUCGUGGUGCCCUACAUGAGGCCUGUCUCGGGGGCUAUACCGCCUGUGCCCGGCUGCUGCUGCAGCAUGGGGCAGACCCAGAUCUGCUCAACGCGGAGGGCCUUGCACCCUUGCACCUGUGCCGCACCCCGGCCUCUCUGGGGUGCGCGCAGGCAUUGCUGGAACACGGUGCGACAGUACAGCUGGAGUGCGGCCCCGGCCGGGACACACCGCUGCACGUGGCGGCCCAGCACGGCUUGGACGAACACGCGCAACUCUACCUGGUCCGCGGCGCGCGCGUGGACCGCAACACCGCACGGUGCAAGCUCUACUCAACUAUGGAUCCCCCUCGGUGUGGCCCGACGCCUUCCCCAAGAACCACUGCCUUCUGGUGGGUUCCUUCCCUGACUCUGUGUGGUGUGACUCCGGCCUUUGAGGUCACAGAGUCAGGGAGCCAUAGAAUAAAAGGCCAGAACGUGCCUGCCUGCAUCUCCUGGGGGUCUCCCCCUUGCACCUCAAGCCCGUCGCCCUGCACCGUGCCUCCCACUUCCCCCCAGGUGCUGAGGACCUGUGCACAGGUGCCCGCUGUUGUUGAAGUCUUGUUCAACUCCUACGCUCAGCUGCGUGUUUCCGAGUCCUGGCUGGAGGCGGUCCCUGAAGAAGUAUACCAGACGCAUGAGCCUUUCUACAGGUCCUUCUUCGCCUUGGCACACACCCCGCGCUGCCUGCAGCACCUCUGCCGCAGCACCAUCCGAAAACUCUUCGGCAAGAAGUGCUUUCACCUUGUGCCCCAGCUGCCCUUACCUGAGACCCUGCAACAGUAUCUGCUUUUGGAGCCUGAGGGUGUUUUGCGUUGAAACCACAGCCUUGGCACUUGGGUUCUUCUCUGCUUCGUUGUCUUUCUGCAGAGGCCACCAUGUGCGAGGCACAGCAUGCUGGAGAUACACACAUCCAGCCCCCUCCAUCUCUCAAGUGACCCAGGGAGGUACAGACUCACAAGCCUUAAGUUCACUCUGAAAUGGAAUUGGAAAUAAAACCAUCUCUGUUAUUGGAGCUGGAGAGAUGAACAGGCAGUUAAGAGCACUGUCUGCUAUUGCAGAGGACCUGGGUUCAAUUCCCAGCACUCACAA